AUGGCGACCGACCCAGCUGGAGUCGACCGGUCGCGGCCCCUCUUCUCCAAGCUUAACACCAGCAAGAAGAAGGUCGCCUACUUCUACGACUCAGAUAUUGGUAACUAUGCCUAUGUUACCGGUCAUCCUAUGAAGCCACACCGAAUCAGGCUGGCACACAGCCUGGUCAUGAAUUACAAUGUCUACAAGUAUCUCGAAGUCUAUCGUGCGAAACCAGCGGUCGUUAAUGAAAUGACCCAGUUCCACACCGACGAGUACAUCGAGUUCCUCCGGCGAGUCACUCCAGACAACAUGGACAGCUACAUGCGUGAGCAGACCAAGUACAAUGUCGGAGAUGAUUGUCCUGUAUUUGACGGCCUGUUCGAGUUCUGUGGCAUCAGCGCUGGUGGUUCAAUGGAGGGCGCCGCUCGUCUCAACCGGCAAAAGUGCGAUAUUGCCAUCAAUUGGGCUGGUGGACUACACCACGCCAAGAAGAGCGAAGCCAGUGGGUUUUGCUACGUCAACGAUAUUGUUCUUGCAAUUCUCGAGCUACUUCGAUACAAGAAGCGUGUUCUGUACAUCGACAUCGACGUCCACCAUGGUGAUGGUGUUGAGGAGGCUUUCUACACUACUGACCGCGUCAUGACAUGUUCUUUCCACAAGUACGGAGAGUAUUUCCCCGGUACUGGCGAGCUGCGUGAUGUCGGCAUUGGUGUUGGCAAGAACUACGCUGUCAACUUUCCCCUGCGCGAUGGAAUUACCGACGACACCUACAAGACUAUCUUCCAACCCGUGAUCCAGGCGGUGAUGGACUAUUACCAGCCAGAGGCCGUGGUUCUGCAAUGUGGUGGAGACAGUCUUUCUGGUGAUCGUCUGGGCUGCUUCAACCUGAGCAUGCGUGGCCACGCUAACUGCGUGAACUUUGUCCGCAGCUUCAACCUGCCCACACUCGUUCUUGGCGGUGGUGGCUACACCAUGCGCAACGUGGCCAGGACCUGGGCGUACGAAACUGGUCGGUUGGUCGGGGUGGAGAUGGACCCUGUCCUGCCCUACAAUGAAUACUACGAAUACUACGGUCCUGAUUACGAGCUCGACGUGCGCCCGUCGAACAUGGAGAACGCCAAUAGCAACGAAUAUCUUGAGAAGAUCAAGAACGCCGUCAUUGAGAACCUCAAGAAGACCGCUGCACCGUCUGUCCAAAUGCAAGAUGUCCCCCGCCAGAGCCUCGGUGGCAUGACGGACGAGGAUGACGCCGAGCUCGACGACUUAGACGAGGACCGCAACAAGGAUGUGCGCAUGACGCAGCGACGGUGGGAGCAGAAGGUCACCCGCGACGACGAAUUCGAGGAGAGUGAUGACGAGGAGAUGGCCGAAGCCAACGGCGUGUACCAGACAAACGGCAAGCAUAAGAGCAUUAUGGAUUACAAAAAUCCCCACGCCCCCGAAGAUGACAGUCGCCAGCCUUCUCCCGAAGUCUCUAGGGCGGCAACGCCUGUUCCCCAAGCAGCGGACGAGGCCGAUAAUGUUGAGGGCGACGACACCAUGGAAGACGUCGAGGCCGAGGCCCCAGCACCGGAGGAGGAGCCGGUUGCGGUCAAGGAGGCCGAGCCGGAGCCGGCGGCACCAGCUGCAGAGGCGACAAUGCAAGUGGAUGAAGAUGGCGACGUCGACAUGGCGGAGGCUGAAACUGCGCCUGUUUCUGCCGCCGAGGCUGUUGAGCCGACCGAGACACCGACGAUUAAGCAAGAAGAGGCGGAGGCCCAGCCACCGACGGCUGCUGCAGACCCGGUCGCCACUAACGCUGAGCCAAGUGAAAAGGCUACGGAGGAGCCUACCAAGCCUGACGAGCCUGUAGAAAGUGGCCCAGAGGUACAAGACGCUCCGAAAUCGCCAGCCGCCGCUGCUGAGCCGCAGGACCCUGCUGAGAAGCCGGCAUCUCCAGCCAAACCAGCGGAGAAAGCCGACGACGCUGCGACGGAGGCGAAGGAGGCGUCCCCAAAGGGCGAGAAUGCAGAGAAGCCAGCUGAUGCAGCAGAGAAGAAGACGGAGGACUAG